AUGGCACCAGUAUCUUUCGACCUCUUACAGAUUCCCUUUUACGGCCUUGUCGCUGGGGCUGUCUUCAUUACUUGGUCUUUAACGAAGAGUAUACAAGCCUUCCACAGAUGGAGCUACGCUCGUGAGAACGGCUGCGAACCCCCUGCGCACUCAGUGUGCCACGGCUUGUUCGGCUUCGGUAUGGCCAUGGAACUAACCAGAGCCGGCCCCGAGCAUAGAUUUCUUGAGCUUAUCCGCGGCUGGCAUCAAAGCUACGGUCCGACAUUCAAGGCGAGAAUGGCCAAUCGAAGGCUCAUUUUCACUACCGAACCACAGAACAUUCAAACAAUCCUCGCGCUAAAAUUCAAAGACUACUCAGUGGGUUCGACUCGUCUAAAUGCAGUCCGCCCAUUCUUGGGCAAUGGCAUCUUCAGCGUAGACGGUAGCGCGUGGGAACAUUCGCGGGCUCUCCUCCGGCCUAAUUUCUCGCGCACUCAGAUUAACGACACUGAGUUAUAUGAGAGCCACAUUGUCGAUCUCAUUGAGCAAAUUCCACGAGACGGAUCAACCAUCGAUUUGCUCCCACUGUUUCUCAAGGGCACCCUUGACACCGCUACCGAGUUUUUGUUCGGAGAGUCUGCUCACACGUUGCGCAAAGAAGGGUCUGCUGCGGGUGCAGCGUUUGCAAAAGCCUUUGAUGUAGUCCAAGGCGUGACUGCCCUGCGCUUCCGUGUCGGGCCUUUGGCGAUGUUCUACCGCAAGAAAGGAUUCAACAAAGCAGUGAGAGAUAUCCGCACCUAUGUCGAUCGAUUUGUUCAAAAGACGAUCGAUUACCGUGUCGCAGUCGAUAGUGGGCGCAAGGUUGAUGAAGAUACCAAACAACUGACUGACAGUCGAUAUGUGUUUUCCUACGAGCUGUCGAAGCAGACACUUGACAAGACCAAUAUUACAGACCAGAUAUUGAGUAUUAUGUUUGCUGGUCGCGAUACGACUGCCAGCCUACUGAGUAUUGUGUUCUUCAUUUUGGCUAGACGGCCUGAUGUGUGGGACAGACUUCAAAAAGAGGUCGUUGCUUUAGAUGGACAAAAGCCAUCAUUCGAAGUUCUCAAAUCGAUGACCUACCUGACCUGGGUUCUGAAUGAGACUCUACGUAUGUACCCAAUUGCCCCCUUCAACAUACGCGAAGCCAAGCAAGACACAUAUCUUCCCGUCGGGGGCGGCCCGGAUGGAAAGUCCCCCGUUCACGUACCCAAGGGUCACGAGGUUGUCUUCAGUGUAUACACAAUGCACCGCGAAAAUGAGAUAUACGCGCCCGAUGCGGAUGAAUUCCGGCCUGAGAGAUGGGAAAGUCUCAGACCCGGUUGGGCGUAUCUCCCUUUCAACGGAGGUCCUCGGACGUGCAUAGGCCAGCAGUUCGCAUUGACGGAGGCUGGAUACACUAUUGUUCGGAUUAUGCAGCAGUUUGAGUCAAUCGAAAAUCGAGAUCCUAAUCCCUGGACGGAAAAUUUGGUGUUGACGUUAUCGAACGCUAAUGGAACGAAGGUUGCUUUGAAGCCUGUUCAGAACUGA